CCACGGCAGUGUCCAUCCAAAAAAACACACACUCUGAAAUUUACAUUUUAAGCCCUUCCCCGGCCGACGAAAGCCAACUAAUGACUCUGACACAAUUCCCUCUUUUUCUCUCUCUCGAUCCAGCGAACCCUAAUUAUUAUCAUUACUAAACCUUUCAUUUUCAUUACUUACAAUUUCAGAUCUUAUAUAUCCACUCCAAAACAAAAAAUAAAAAAAUAUCCACAAUUCCAGUAUUUUUUUUUUUUAAAUAAAAAAACCGUUUUAUGAAAUCAGUUAGAUCUGUUAAUUAAUCCUUAAUCGUGAUUAGAUGGCGGUUAGUGGACCGAAUAUGGAUCAGUUCGAAUUAUACUUCAAACGAGCUGAUUUAGAUCACGAUGGCCAGAUUAGUGGCUCUGAAGCUGUUACUUUUUUUAAAGCCUCUGGUUUGCCGACUCCAGUUCUCGCUCAGAUAUGGACACAUGCUGAUCAAAACCGAACCGGUUUCCUUGGGCGGGCAGAGUUUUACAACGCUCUUAAACUUGUAACAGUUGCACAAAGUAAAAGAGACCUUACUCCAGAUAUGGUGAAAGCAGCAUUGUAUGGACCUGCUUCUGCUAAAAUUCCUGCUCCUCAAAUCAAUCUUGGAGCCUUGACCACUCAGUCAAACUUGAAUGUGACUGCCGCUCCAACACAGGUGCGUGGUAGUGCUCCAGUAGCUUCUCAUAGUAUGGGUAUAACUGCGGGUCCAACUGUCCCACAGAUACGUGCUAGUGCUCCAGUAGCUUCUCAAAGUAUGAGUAUAAGGGGCCCACAGGGCUAUUCGUCUCAACAAAGUCAAGAUAUGAGGCCAUAUGGGACACCUCUUCCUAACUCCACAUUGCAACCUCAGCAUGGAGCGAGUCAUGGUCUGGCAAGUGGACUCACAGCGCCUCCCCGUCCUUCAACUUCAAGUCUCUUCAAUGAUUGGCUUGGUGAGAGGAAUACUGGUCCCACAUCUGGGGUAUCAUCUCAAGUUUCUAAUAGUGGGCUUACAUCAUCAGGGCAGUCAGUCACAGUACAACCGAGACCACAGGGGUCUACCAGCUUAUCCGAAAAUCUUGCUUUCAAACCAAAUGGUCAUGCUGUUGCUGCGAGUGGGACUGAAACUAAAGAUUCAAGCAGCCAUGUUGCAAGGAAUGGUUCCUUGUCUAGUUCGGCCUUUGGUGAUAAUUUAUUUACUGCCUCAUCUCAGGGUACUGGCCUAAAUGUCUCAUCAACCAACGGUUCUCGGCCGGCUAUGACCAAUUUUGCUAAUGUACCUAGCCAGCCCUCUCAAACAAGUAUUACCCAACAACAAACAGUUGGUCAGAACCAGCAAAUGCAGUCAACUUUUAAAUACAAUCAGCAAAUUCCUGUUCCGAAUACACCCGUUGCUCCUGUUAGAGCUAAUAAUGUUCCUUCUAGUCAAUCUUUGCAACCUUGGCCAAAAAUGACACAGUCUAAUGUUCAAAAGUACACCAAGGUAUUUGUGGAAGUAGAUAAAGACAAAGAUGGAAAAAUUACGGGUGAACAGGCGCGCACUCUGUUCUUAAGCUGGAGGUUGCCUAGAGAUAUUCUAAAGCAGGUGUGGGACUUGUCUGACCAGGACAAAGACAGCAUGCUUUCUUUGAAGGAAUUCUGUAUUGCUCUCUACCUUAUGGAGCGGUUCAGAGAAGGCCAUCCUCUGCCUAAGGUGCUUCCAGCUGGUGUUAUUUUCGAGGGGACACCAUUGCCUCCAUCAGGUCAACCACUUCCUGCAUAUGGUCCUCCAGGUGUCCAACAAGGACAUAGGAUGACUGCCCAACGUCAGGUCAGUCACGUUGCAGCAAGGCCACCUCGUCCAGUUCCAUUACCUAUUGAUGAAGAUGUGCAGCCAAGACAUCAAAAGCCUAGAGUUCCUGUUCUUGAGAAGCAUUUAGUGGACCAACUUAGUAAUGAGGAGCAGAGUUCAUUGAACUCAAAGUUCCAGGAGGCAACAGAGGCAGAUAAAAAGGUUGGUGAACUUGAAAAAGAGAUUUUGGAAGCUAAACAAAAGAUUGAGUUUUACAGGAACAAGAUGCAGGAAAUUGUUUUGUACAAGAGCCGAUGUGAUACUCGGUUAAAUGAGAUUACAGAAAGGGUGUCUGCUGAUAAGAGAGAGGUUGAUCUACUGUCAAAGAAAUAUGAAGAAAAAUACAAGCAGUCUGGAGAUGUAGCUUCCAAAUUAACUAUUGAGGAGGCAACUUUUCGUGAUAUUCAGGAGAAAAAGAUGGAGCUUUACCGAGCAAUUGUGAAGCUGGAGCAGGAUGGUAAACCUGAUGAACUUCAGGCCCGUGUUGAUCGCAUACAAGCAGAUCUUGAGGAACAAGUGAAAGCCUUAAAUGAACGCUGCAAAAUGUAUGGUCUGCGUGGGAAACCAACAUUGCUGGUUGAGCUGCCUUUCGGCUGGCAAGUUGGCAUUCAAGAGGGAGCAGCUGAUUGGGAUGAAAAUUGGGAUAAAUUCGAAGAUGAAGGAUAUACAUAUGUGAAAGAGCUCACACUUGAUGUGCAAAACGUUAUAGCCCCUCCAAAAGAGAAGUCCUUGCCAGUUCAAAACAAAUCUGCUUUUCGAGAUGAAAAUUCGACUACCGUCUCAUCUGUAGACACUAAAGAGAAAUCUGAAAAGGCCCAAUCAGACAGCAAGCCAGUUGAGCAACAUGAAAAAACUCCACCUGAUAGUCCUGUGAGUGUCAAUUCAACAGAGAGCCCGAGGAUAUUCCGUGAUAGCUCACCGCGUUCUGUAAACACCCAGAGUGAAUCUGCAUUCUCGGAUGAAAGAACUUUUGAUGAGCCAAGUAGGGCUACAUUUGACAGCAAUUUCAGUUUAGAUUCUACUUUGGAUGUUGCUGCUACAAGUGCUCAGGAUUUGGAUGAAGAGGGUCUUCGUGGUAAUACAUUAUUUGAUUCUUCUAAUAACUGGGGCCUAAACCCCAUAAGAACAGAUAUUCCAAGGCAGAGCACAUAUAUAUUUGAAUCAGUUCCAGGCACCCCAGCUUAUAGUUAUGCUGGAUCCCCAGUUGGAAACAACUUGUUCCAUAACACUGGCCCAUUCGCUUCGUCAUCUUUUGAUGAAUCAGUUCCUAGCACACCUGCUUAUAGUAAUGUUGGUUCACCACGGCGCCCAUUUAAUUCAGUGUUUGCAGAAUCAGUUCCCAGCACACCCAUGUUUGCCAAUGAUGGUCCAGAAGAUCAUUCAUUCAACAGCUUCUCUAGAUAUGACUCCUUCGCCAGCAGCAACCCACGUGACUCCUUUCCGAGAUUUGAUUCAUUCCGUAGCACGGCACAAGAUUCUGAUUCUGAUUUUGGUCAUUCACUCUUUCAGCCUAGUGAAUCUUACUCAAGGUAUGAUUCCAUGAGAAGCACCAAUGAAUCUUCGGACUUUAAUCAUGGAUUCCCGUCCUCCGAUGAUGCAGAUCCUUUUGGGUCACACGACCCUUUUAGGAGUAUAGGGGAUAGUGAAACACCAAGAAGAGAUUCGGUAGAUGGUUGGAAGGCAUUCUAGCAUUUGCAAAUUGAUUAUAUAUUAUACAUGUUCGGCUGCUGGGACUCUGCAUAUCCCUGUUUUCGAGGUACGUUGAUGUGGGUGUACGUAGCUGUUUGAUGUUAAAAGUGUGUGCGACAUUCAGUUUGAGGUCUAAUUCUUUAUUUCUAUAUAUGGAUAUAUAUAUGUAUAUUCAAGUUUAUCAGCUGAUACCUUUUGCCACAUUUGUAAAAAUAUAAGCUCAUGUUUAUGGGCAUUGGUUUUGCUAUCUUCAGUCAUUGUUCUAUGAUUA